CGGCGGGGUCGACUGACGGUAACGGGGCAGAGAGGCUGUUCGCAGAGCUGCGGAAGAUGAAUGCCAGAGGACUUGGAUCUGAGCUAAAGGACAGUAUUCCAGUUACUGAACUUUCAGCAAGUGGACCUUUUGAAAGUCAUGAUCUUCUUCGGAAAGGUUUUUCUUGUGUGAAAAAUGAACUUUUGCCUAGUCAUCCCCUUGAAUUAUCAGAAAAAAAUUUCCAGCUCAACCAAGAUAAAAUGAAUUUUUCCACACUGAGAAACAUUCAGGGUCUAUUUGCUCCACUAAAAUUACAGAUGGAAUUCAAGGCAGUGCAGCAGGUUCAGCGUCUUCCAUUUCUUUCAAGCUCAAAUCUUUCACUGGAUGUUUUGAGGGGUAAUGAUGAGACUAUUGGAUUUGAGGAUAUUCUUAAUGAUCCAUCACAAAGCGAAGUCAUGGGGGAGCCACACUUGAUGGUGGAAUAUAAACUUGGUUUACUGUAAUAGUGUGCUGUUCAUGGAAACCGAGGGCUGCAUCUU